UAUGCAAAUGUUGAAAACAACGUGGCUUACCUUUGCCAAUGGACUGGAUGGUUAAACCCAUGUGCGUGCUCUACAACCGAUGUAAUCCGUCAAUCCUGUAUAUUGUUAAAAAUAACUUGUGUUUGCACAUCGGAAGGCCUCGGGAACCAUGGUAUAACAAGUAUGGGACAUAUAGCCAAUCUCUAAAUGAUACAGUACUGAUGUCUGAAACUAAAGAUGACCUUCAAUACCAACUGAAUUGUUUUCAAAAAUACCGUGAAGAGUGGGAGUUGCAAUUGAACGUGGAUAAAACUAAAAUCAUUAUUUUUGGCAAAGCAGGCCAACCUUCUGAUGAAGACAGGUGAAAAUGUCUGAAACGCAGUCAACAAGGUCUGCUGUGUCAAGGUUAUCUGUAUUGGAUUGGGUGUGGAUUUACCUUCUAGUCACGUCAACAUGUCUGCGACCUAACAGGGCAACGAUACAACCAUGUGACGCUUCUCUUCAAACUAUCAAAGAUGAUUUUCGUUGCCCUCGAAAUCAGUUUGAAUGGAACAAAAAAGCAGAAGAGAUGAAAUGUGCUUCCUUCUCACAGAGCUGUACAGAGACAUCCGAUUUUGUAUAUCAUUGUUUAAGAAAUGCCUGGGGCAAUGGUACAAUACACGUAUGUGCACCAACAAGGAUUCUCUUUGGUGGAUCGUGUGCCGAAUUUAGCAAAGGAGGAGCACGUGUUCAAGAACACUACUUGGUGGGAUGUACGUCAUGUCCAUUCUAUUACAACUCUACGACAAGUUAUAUGUAUCAGGAGUGUUAUGAAAACAUCACAACACCAACGACAAUUUCAACAGAAAAAGAUUCGUCAUCCAUUAACUUCAAUGGGGAAGAUAUGAUCACAGCGGAAGAAAAAAAUGAAGGUGGUGUAAAGAGGAGUCUCCUACUGAUAGGAUUAAUUGUUAUCAUCAUCACAGUGGUUGUUACAUGUAUGUGUGUGGGAAAAUUUCUUUACGUACGGCGGAAAAGAACAGCAAAAUCUGAUUUACAAAUACAGCUGAGGUACAGAGAUCAAGAACAACCAGCUGAGAGAGACACAACAGGUAGUUUUAGUCCCCUAGAAUUUAAUCCAGAUUUCUUAAAUAUCUUGUGGAAAAUCGUGAAAGCAGAAAAUGAGGGAAAGGAUGUGUUGAAAAGAAAAAUUCAUGAAUCAGAGUGUCAUAAGAAAUAUGCAAACUACUGUUUAAAACCAAAUAUUGAACCAAUGAGCAUCACAGGAAACUGGCGGACAGAUUUAGGAAUACAAACUGCUGCAGAUGUAUUCAGCAUAAAAAUUUAUGUUGUUAUUCAGAUGGAAUCAGGUGAAACAAAAACAUAUUGUUUUUUCCCAAAGGAUUCCGAUACGGAGGAAUGGAUGAAAAUAGCUUUUGAAAAGGAAAAGGACAAACAAUAUAUGCUUUUGUCAGAUUUUAUUUCGUCAAAUGAAGAGGAUGCAAACCUAACUUAUGACGAUGUAUUUGAUCUUAAUCAGUUUAUAAAAAGUAAAUCAGAAUCUGAAGAGGGAACUUCAAAAGUCUUUGUACAGGAAACUACCUAUCUACAUCAUUUUCAGCUGGAUGAAUCAUCCGAGAAGGAUCAUAUGUUACAAAUAUCGGCACAGAUUGGACUUUUGACGUGAAAAUUGCCAUGUCAAGAUACGAUAUCAACCAGCUUCGAAAAGAGUUCCACCUGAUUAUACCUUGAUGCUAUCAUCGAUGGGUUUGGAUUUUCAUCUAGUUUUGACUGUGUGUCGGGUGUUUUAAAUCAUUUUUACGUUACUGUUAUAAUAAUAGAAAUCAUGAUGAUAUUAAUAACUAGAAUGUUCUUUAUUUACACAGGAUAGCACAAUGAGUUUCAUAACACGUUUACAUUAUGGUCCAGAAAACAUAUAUACAGACAGUAGUGUCAUACGGAGUUAUAAAUAGUAUAUAAAGUAUAUAAACUUAUGUUACAUACAUACGCUAUCUACUUGCAUGUACAUAACACGGAAAUCAAAACCAAAUACAUAUGUUUUUAAUUUACACGGUGAAAAAAUUAUGAAGAAAAAGGUAUGCGAAUUUAAAAUUUUCAAUGUUGCGUAACAUUUUAAAAAUCCUGAUAUAUUAUACCAUAUCUGUAAACUGUAAAUUGUUAGAUUUUUUUUUUUAAAUAUUGUGUCCUUGUCCUCUGGAUAUAAAAUGAAUUUCUUUGAGCUAACCUGGUAGCUCUACUGCUAGUUUUGUGUAAAGGUAAAUGAUCGGGAGUUAAACCAUGUAAAACUUGGAAGAAAAGAAUGGUAGUUCUAUAUACAACAUAGUGGAGUAAAGACAUAUAUCUAAGCCACUGCAUCAUGUCUGGUGUAGGUGUGUACAAAUUGCAUCUCGUUUUUGAAAGUUACAUUAUUUGUCAACAUCGUCCCUGUUUUUCACAUUGCCCUAAAACAGUACAACAGUAGUUAAACUAAAGAAAGACAAUUGUAUUAAUUUUCUUGAUUGUAUAUUGUUUAACGUACCGCUUAGGAACCUUUCACUCAUAUUGAAAUAUAACCAUUCCUGGUGAAGGGCUGUAAACAUUAGGCCUACCUCAGCAAUUACGGCCUUCGGACAGGGAGAUAUUUUUAUUGUGCCACACCUGCUGUGACACGGGCUUCGGGUUUUUGCGGUCUCAGUCGAAGUGCUGCCAAUUUAGUCGCCCCUUACGACAAUCUAUGGGAUACUGAGGACCUGUUUUAACAUGAAUCCCCAUUGGACCAAUGCUAUUACAAUUUUAGUAAUAAUUCAGAUGACAAGAAUGCACGUAAUCUAGACAAAACACCUAUUUUUGCAACUUUUUGGAUAUAAUUCCAUCAACUUUAGUGAGUGGUCAAUAUAAACACCAAGUAGUUUUGUAUGUGAUAUAUUUUCAAUAACGACACUGCCCACUUGUAUAGACAUUGUUGUACAAUUUCAUCAUCUUCGCUCCGUAACAAUUGUCAUUCUUUGUGUUUUCGUAAAGUUGAUUGUAAAUUUCUUUUCAUCUUUUGAUUAUAGAAGUAUUUUUAAAAUCA